AGGAACUUGUCUCUUGUACGCAUACAAUCAGAUCUAUUAUUGUUGUUCUUCAAUCCAUUGAACGACAUUCGAUCUUGAACCAAUCUCAAACUUUUCCAGCAAUUUAAUCGCGUGGGUGUUUUCUUUUUUUAUCAUAAGAACUACCUAACACCACAUGUCGUUCUCAUUUGGUAUCAACAACAUAUCACGAGGUAACACAUACAAGGAUAAACCUACAGGAGGGACAUUGCCACUAUACUACAAGGACAAACCGAAUUCGUUCCGUCCAAUUAGCCACAAGAAACAACGUAAAUUAGUCAUGCUUCUCAAGGGGUUCAUAUACUCACUCAUAUUGUAUACCGUGUACCAUUUCGCGUCCACUGGCAACUUGAACUUGUUUGAGUUUGGGUUUGGCGGCGGCAUCGGCAGUGAUAAUAUCAGUAAAGGCGCAACUUCGUGGCCGGCUGCACAAGAAGAAGUCAAACAGGCCAUGUUGGAUUCGUGGCAUACUUAUGAAAAGUAUGGGUGGGGGUACGAUGUGUACCAUCCUAUUAAGCAACAGGGGGAGAAUAUGGGCCCUAAGCCAUUAGGUUGGAUGAUUGUGGAUUCUAUAGACACGCUCAUG